AUGGCAGAAGAGAGUUCUGAAUUUCAAAACACUCAAGGACUAGUCCAUGCACCAGAAUCAAAUGAAAGGGAAAUUAUCGUUAGGUCGAUCUUUGACGUGGGUGGCACUUCCAUGAAACUGGAGAGAGCUAAUAAGGAAGCUUAUAGCACAUAUUCGAGGGUUGAGCAUAAACCUACGAGACAGGAAAUUUGGGCUUGGUAUGCCUAUGAACUGUGCUCUUACUUUGUCCAUACAGUUCUUAUACCUGUAGUGUUUUCUCUAAUUAUCGGUCAAAUAGUUGAGGAACCUACUGAGCCACUCCGAGGAUGGAGCGAGAGUGCCAAGGGCUUGGCUUGUAAGAUCAAUGAAAUGAAACUGUAUGAGCGACUUACACAGCGUUCAGUAUCAGUUGGCAAUUCCAAAGUUUCCCCCUUAGAGUGGACUUCAAUCUCCUGGGCAAUAGGCCUAGUUCUGGCUGCACCGGCACUCCGUUCCAUUUCCACCAACCUUGACCAAGGGCAGAACCUGCAAGUUUUUACUGGAGCUGCAACAGCCAUUGGAGCAUUAUUUUGUCUGCCUGUUGGAUUCUUCAAAGUCACAUGGAUCUUCCCCAUAUAUAUUGCUCCAGUGGUGGCUGCCAUUAUCGUUGCUACUGCUUCUCACACCCGCCAUCAUGGCCUAAUGGUCCGAGGAUUCUCUGGAACCACCAUUCAAAGACAUCAUUUCCCAGUUAGAAGAGGUGUCUCAAGUUGGCUGUCGCUCUAUGCCACAGCCGCUGGUUGCUUGGGGUCUGCUGUAAUAGCAGCAUUCGUGUAUUAUAUGCUUCGAAUUCAAGAUAUUUUUACUGGCUUGUGGGUGGUCUCCAUUUUCAGUGGACUGAAAUGGCUAGCUGGAAUAGUUCACGUCUUUACUUUGAGGCCUGGGGAAGCCAUUACCUCUCCUUCACCAACAAAUCAUUUCCUCUCCAUUUUUAAAUAUCAUCAUGGACUUGGAAGCCUUAUUAUUGUUUGGCUUUCUUCAUUCACAUCAAUGUGCAUUUUCACAGGAGGGGUACUUUAUUUGGUUGGACAACUCUGCCUCAAGCCUGUGUUCUUGCUCUAUUUCUGGUUAAUUUAUUUCAUUUUCCCCUCAGUUUCUUUGCCGCUGCUGCAACCAAUUCAGCUUGUUUUUAAGGCAAAUGCAGUGAAAAUGCAUCUGCUUGGACUCAUUUUAUCACUAGUAACUUCAGGAACAGGGUUCCAGUUCCGAAAGGGGAACUGGCAGAGACAUCAUAUACUGAUUUUUGCUGCAGUGCAAAGCACAUCGGCAGGAGUCUUGCAUGCUUUUGGGCGAGUUUUGUUGAUGGACUGUUCACCAGCUGGUAAGGAAGGCGCAUUUGCAGUUUGGUACUCGUGGGUGAAAAUGGUGGGAACUUGUUUAGGUUUUGCAAUAGCGUCGGGAGCCGCUGCUGGAAAUGUUGGAACUUCUUUCGCAACCGCUUUCUGCACAGCAGCAGUGGCGAUGGUGAUUUCGAUAUAUGCGAACAUAAGCGACGUUGGAGGAGCAGUAGCCGCAGGGCUUGUGAGUGAAGACGGCGAGACGGCUUCACCCAUCUCCAAGGGCUUGGAUGAGAGCGACAGCAUGAGCAUGAGCAUGAGCAAAGUUGAUGGCAAUGCAAAGAAACAGGCUGUGGGAGAGGAAGCUGCAUAG